UUGUUGCCAUGGCAACAUCUGCUGUAUUCUAAACAUGUUUCUAUUGUUGAAGGGCUUUGUUGCGCGUUUGGCACCGCCACAAACGGAAAGUUUUGGAAUGUCAUACAUUUGCUGUCUUUCUCUUUGCUGAAUUGGUGGUGCAUUUCCGUUGCCACCCCCUAUUUGUGUGCCAAGAGACAACCAGUGGCUUUUGUGCAUGGAAAUAGCUUUACUGAAGCUUAUUACAUAUUGUCGAAAUUAUAACAAGUUUGAGGACUGGUGCUCAUCAUAUCUACAUCAGAUGUGACAAUUCGCUCUGCCAUCGGUGGUCUUCAAGCACGAAGACCGGCUGCGUUCUGGGACAUCAGGCGCUUACUUCUGUUACUAACUGCCCCGGACAAAAGAUGGACCCUGAGUCAGGCGACCCCGACACAGCGUGUGGCGAGGACCCGCUGAUGAUUGACGAGGGUCUGCCGGCGGCGACUGCGCUGAGCCCUCCCGAGCCGGCUCAGUACAUCCUGCCCGACGUACCGCCGGCGGAGGCGGAGGGCGGCGAGCUCGGCACAGAGCCGGUCGCCGAGAAACAGUACCACGACCUGAAGCCGCCGGUGAGCGCGCGGACGGCACCGGACGCGCCCUCGCUGCUCGCCGUGAAACAGGAGUGCCUGGGCCUGCCGCUGGGCGCGCCGCCGGAGCCGGAGCGCGCCGCCAGCCGCGGCAGCGCCGGCACGCGCCGCAGCCGCCGGCUGGCCGUCGAGACGAUGCCGUUCAAGAAGCGGAAGCGGAUCGUGGCGCCGGACCUGGACCAGCAGGAUGAGUACCUGCUGCCGGAGCACGUGCAGAACCAGGUGGAGCAGGCGGCGCCGCCGACCUGCGGACGCCGGCUGCGGCCCAAGCGCGCUGCCCAGCUGGCUGCCUCGGUCGAGGUGGACCACGAGUCGCCGGAGCGGCCUGUCAGCGCCAGCCCCAAGGCUGAAAUCAGACAGGAGACGCCGGCUGAGGUCGCCCCGGCCGCCGGUGGUGGAGAGACGGAACGGGGCGACGCGCCGCCACCGCGCAGAAAGCGGGGCCGGCCGCGCAAGUCGCAGGCGCCGCAGCGGUGCGCGCCUCCGGUGGAGGAUGACGUGACGGCCGCCGGUGACGGGGACCCGGUGGCGCGUCAGCCGCCGGCGCCCCCCGAGGUGCGGCCGGAGAAGCCGCCCGCGCUGCCCAGACGCGGCCGCAAGAGCGCAGUCCCGGCGCGCCGCUGCCGGCAGCCCGGCCGUCCGCCGGCCGCUACGCCCACCACGACCGGGUCGCCGGCUCCGGCCACCGCCGACUCUCGGGCCGACGAUCCGCCGCGGGAGGAGUGUGCCCGGCCGGCCAGCCCUCCGACGGUGGAGCUGAGCCGGGUGACCUGCUCAGGCCUGUCGGUGAGCCGGCCGCUGACGCUCACUGACGAGCUGCGACUGCUGGAGGUGCCCGGCCGGCGCCGCCAGCGGCCCUGUCCGUUCUGCGGCUCGCUGACCGGCUGCCCGCCGCCGGACGUGGCCGGCGAGCACAGCCACGCGCCGGAGACGCCGCUGACGCCGCGCCGCCGGCUGCGCGUGGUAGUGGACGGCACGGCGCCCAGUGACGGGCUUGGCCAGCUGCGGCCGAUCCUACUCGGCGACCAGGACGCCGCGCGGGUGGCCGUAGACAUAGCGUGCCGCCGCCGCGGCCGGCGCCGUACCACCUCCGGUAGCCAGGGCUCCUCGGGCACCCAGGACCUCGAGUGCCGCACCUGCGGCAAGGUGAUGCUCUCACUGUCCAGGCUCAAGAAACACCAGCUCGUCCACACGGACGAGCGUCCCUUCCACUGCGACAAGUGUCCCAAGUCCUUCAAAUCGAUCCACGUGCUGAACGCCCAUCAGCUGACGCACAUCAACUACCGACCGUUUCGGUGCGAGCUCUGCAGACAGACGUUCGCUAAGAAGUGGACGCUGCGGGGUCACAUGACCACCCAUGACCGGUGCGACGGCGCCGACGGACUCAAAUGCAGCACGUGCGGCUGCGAGUUCCUCGACCGCUCCACCUACGACAGCCACAUCAAAAUACACACCGGUGAGCGGAAGUGGGAGUGCAAGGUGUGCCACCGCGGCUUCGCCAAAAAGCUGAAGCUGCGGAAGCACAUGGUGGUCCACUCGCAGGCGAUGCUGCACAAGUGCCACCUCUGCGACCGCGAGUUCAGAUGGAAGGAGAAGCUGGUGAAGCACGUGAUGCUGCACACGGGCGAGCGGCCGUUCAAGUGCGGCGAGCCGCGGUGCACCAAGUCGUUCCGCGCCCACUCUGACCUCAACGUCCACCUGCGUAACGUGCACAAGAAACAGCCCAAGAAGCUCGACUACCCGAUCGUCAAGUCGGACCCAAAGCCGAACCACUGCGAGCUGCUGCUGAUGCGGGUGAACGAGAUGGACGGCAUCCCGCCGUGCGACCUGUGCACCAAGACGUUCGCUGAUAAGGACGAGUACCUGAACCACGUGAUCCCGGCGCACCGCGACCAGGAGGCCUACGUGUGCCACCCCUGCAAACGGGUGUUCGACAACAAGCAGGUGUACGAGGAUCACCAGGACGAGCGGCACCGGCGCGGCGAGAUCAUGUGGCGCUGCCAGCUCUGCCCAAAGAUCUUCAACAAAAGGUCGCUCUUCGAGGGCCACAAGACCCUGCACGCCACCAAGUACCAGUGCAAGAUCUGCUUCAGGUUCGCCUCGGACGAGAAGCGGCUGCAGGUCCACAUCAUCGGCCACCGGUACACGGACAUCGACAAUAGCUCGCACGCCUGCACCAUCUGCUCCAGACAGUUCAAACUGAGAUUCUCACUCAAAAACCACAUGUUCAAGAUGCACAGCAUCGACCUGCCGUCCCUCCGCAAGCCUCCGAUGCGCAAGUUCGAGUGCAGCAUCUGUCACGCGCGGUUCGUGCGCCCGACGCCGGCGUACAACCACAUGGUGCGUGUGCACAAUAUUCGGCCGGAGCCGGAGGUGCAGGAUCUGUUCGACCUGACCAACCUGUCCGUGGACCAUCCGGAGGCGGCCGCCGGACCGGCACCGGCACCAGAGGGGGAGAGUUUCACGGCCAUGGACGCGGACGACCCGACGAUGCAGCUGACGGCCCUGCAGAACAGUCUGCGGGUGAAGGUGCAGGCAAUGGCCGCCCAGGGCAUGUGGGACGCCUCGGAGGCCGACGGCUCCACCUACCUGGGCGGCAGCGCGGCCAGGCGCCGACAGCCGGCCCGCGCCGCCGCCGCCGGGGAGCAGGGCGCCGCGCAUGACUCCGGCAAGACACUGAUGCACCUCUCCCCGGGGAAGCGCGGCCACCUGGUGCACGUGGCCGCCUCGCCGCCGCCGCCGCCGCCGCUGAGCGGUGCGCCGGUCGGCGAGCCGCAGCGCCAGCAGAUCAUCGUGAUCCAGCAGGAGGGUGAGGAGGAGAUCGACCUGUCGCGCGUGCUGGGCAACUCGGCGCCGGCCGACGCGCAGACGCUGACCAUGAACGCCGACGGCCUGCUGGUCGACGACCAGGGCAACCCGGUGUCGCUGAUGGUGGAGGGCGGCGGCACGGCCACCCACCUGCUCGAGUACCUGCGCGGCUCCGAGACGCCUGUCUCGGUGGCCGCCGCCGUCCGCCCGCCGCCGGCCUGA